AUGAUUCGGUUCAUCCUCGUGCAGAACCGACAGGGGAAGACGCGGCUUUCGAAGUGGUAUGUGCCGUAUGACGACGACGAGAAGGUGCGACUGCGCGGGGAGGUCCACCGGCUGGUUGCGCCGCGCGACCAGAAGUACCAAUCCAACUUUGUUGAGUUCCGCAACUACAAGAUCGUUUACCGUCGCUACGCGGGGCUGUUUUUCUGCGUCUGUGUAGACGCGAAUGACAACGAGCUCGCGCAUCUGGAGGCGAUCCACUUCUUUGUCGAGGUCCUCGAUACGUUCUUUGACAACGUCUGCGAGCUGGAUUUGGUGUUUAAUUUCUACAAGGUAUACGCUAUUCUGGACGAAAUCUUUCUUGCUGGAGAGAUCGAGGAGACGAGCAAGGACGUUGUCCUUGCACGGCUCGAAGCGCUGGAGAAGCUGGAGUAG